CGUGUUGUUGCGGAAAUGCCGCCGGGAAACGCUGGUAAUUCUCUAAUUCUCUACCAACAGUCUUUGACAGUUGCUUUCAUUGUUCAGAGUAGAUAUUCCUCACUGGCUUUGUGUUUGUAGCGCCGUCGUUUACUUGAAAAACGUAAGUUAUGGCAGCUCUAAAAUACGCAGGUAUGGACGAUACAGAUAGUGAGGAUGAGUUACCACCCGGAUGGGAAGAGAGAUCUACCAAAGAUGGUUGGGUCUACUAUGCAAGCCAUGAUGAGAUGAAGACACAGUGGGAACACCCCAAGACAGGAAAGAAAAAACGUUGUGCCGGAGAUUUACCGUAUGGUUGGGAGCAAGAAACUGAUGAAAAAGGACAGGUGAUUUAUGUUGAUCACAUUAACAAGCGGACCACAUAUUUUGACCCUCGUCAGGCAUUUACAGUAGAGGAUGUGGUGGUGAAGCCAAAACGGUAUGAUGGAAACACUGCUGCUCUGGAGAUCCUACAGGGUCGUGAUUUCUCUGACAAGGUUAUCCUCAUUACUGGCGGCAACUCUGGCAUUGGCUUUGAGACAGCCAGGUCUUUUGCUCUUCACGGUGCCCACGUGAUCCUGGCAUGUCGAAACCUGUCCCGGGCCAUCAAGGCAGUUAGCCUCAUUCAGCAGGAGUGGCACAAAGCAAGAGUAGAAGCCAUGAUGUGCGAUCUGGCCUCUCUCCGCAGUGUCAGGGAGUUUGCUGAGUCUUACAAGGCCAAAAAACUGCCCCUUCACAUUCUGGUGUGUAAUGCAGCAGUGUGCACUCAGCCCUGGAGAUUGACGGAGGACGGCCUGGAGUCCACCUUCCAGAUCUGCCAUCUAGGUCACUUCCUGCUCGUCCAGUGCCUGCAGGACGUGCUGCGUCGCUCGGCCCCCGCCCGUGUUGUGGUGGUAUCUUCUGAGUCCCACAGGUUCACAGACCUGUUAGACUCAUGUGCCAAGGUGGACUUGGCCCUGCUGUCGCCCACAAAGAAGGAGUACUGGUCAAUGCUGGCUUACAAUCGAGCCAAACUCUGCAACAUCCUCUUCAGCAAGGAGCUCCACCGCCGCCUCUCGCCGCACGGUGUCACCUCCAACGCGGUGCAUCCUGGGAACAUGAUGUACACCUCCAUUCACCGGAGCUGGUGGCUGAUGACCUUUCUCUUCUCUCUGGCCAGACCUUUCACCAAGUCUAUGCAACAAGGGGCGGCUACUACGGUGUACUGUGCCGUAGCGCCGGAGCUGGAAGGGUUAGGCGGCAUGUACUUCAACAACUGCUUCCGCUGCCUGCCGUCCAUCCAGGCCCAGGACCAGAGCAGCGCUUCCAGCCUGUGGGAGCUGAGCGAGCGCCUGGUUGCAGAGAGGUCAGCAGGCAUACAGGCUCUCUGAUGGACCGACGAGGAGGUGGAGGAGAUGGACUAGCCAAACAGGAAGGAUGGUGGGUCACUGUCAUGUCCAGUUAGGUAUGAACUGAAUAAAAGUUAACUGUACUGCACAAUACAAGAGAGCUGCCAAACCACGGAAGUCCAUCUGGAUAUGUCACAUUACUACGGGGGCUAAAACACACUACAUAAACAGUACAAGAGGGGGUUUCAUAUACACUACUGAAUAAAUUAAAGUUUGAGUUGUGUUCAGCUCUGCUGUGGUAGUUUACAAUGGGAGGUGUGGGACGGGAGAAGAUUUGGAAGGAUUUCAGGGAUCUCUUAAAGUUUGUUCUUUUCUCUGUUUGUCUCAGUAGCUUUUUAUAACGUUUUCAAGUCUUCAUUUCACAACUAUUUAAAAGAG